AUGAGCAGAAGAGCAGCUGUUUCUGCAAUUGAUCUCAUUCAUGGAAGAGGAUUUCUCAAUCGAUGGUCGCAUGAAUCGGGUAUCAUCUCUCCUCCGUUCUCUCUCUUCUCUUCCAAGGCUUUUCAACCUAAGCCAUCCAAAAUCGAUUUCAGUUGUGUUAAAGAAUUAAAGGAUGCCAAUGAAUUGUUUCAAAAAAUGAAGAGUAUGUCCCCAGAGCCUUGUGUUCUUAUGUACAACAAUCUUCUGAGUGUUACUGCAAAGAUUGAGCAGUACUCUUUUGCCCUUGACAUGUUCGAUGAAAUGCUUGGGAUGGGUGUGCCGGUUAAUGAUUACACAAUGAACAUUGCUGUUAACUGUUGUUGUCUCUUGAAAGACAUAUACUCUGAUUUUUCUAUAAUGGGAUUCUUUUUCAAGAUCCGUUACGAACCAGAUGUUGCGACUCUCAUUAAAGGGUUGUUCUUUGUUGAGAAAGAGGCCGAAGCUGUGAAAUUGUUUGAAAAGGUUCUAGAUUUAAAACUUUGUGAGCCUAAUGAUAUUAUGAUUAUGCACGUGAUAGGUGGGUUGUGCAAAUCUGGACAGGUCAUUGCAGCCCAUGAUUGGCUUCAUAGAUUAGAAAGUAGUGGGUGGAGUCCCAACGUUAAGGCAUAUAAUGCGUUAAUUGAUGGAUUAUACAAGGAAGGAAGGAUGAAAGAGGUAUAA